AUGCCCGACCUGCCGCUCGUCUACUACGGGCCGCGCAACCUUCAGCCGCUCAACCAUGCGAUGCGCCACGGCUUCGAGUUUGAGUACAACUCCGAAACCUUCCUCACCUCCCUUGCAAACACCUUCUACAUCUACUUUGAUGAUAAGCGUCACAACACAAAUGGAAACCCGGUAACCCCCGCCAUCAAGGCAUCCGCCGAGUACGCAAAACACUACCAGGCCAUCGCCGACUGGAAAAUUAUGAAGGAACGCCAAAAAACCGUCAGUGCCAUGCUUAUGCUAUGCCUUAACUUAGGAGUCGACCCUCCAGAUAUUAUGAAGACAUAUCCUUGCGCCAAGCUCGAAUCCUGGUGCGAUCCAACCGCAUUUUCCGACACCAAGAAAGCCAUCGAAACCAUUGGCAAGAACCUCCAGUCUCAGUACGAGACCCUCACCCUCCGAACCCGGUACAAACAGCUGUUGGACCCCAGCGUCGAGGAUGUCAAGCGGUUCUGUAAUACUCUCCGACGCAACGCCAAAGACGAGCGUAUUCUCUUCCACUACAACGGCCACGGCGUACCGCAGCCCACACUGUCGGGAGAAAUUUGGGUGUUCAACAGAGGCUACACCCAGUAUAUUCCCAUCUCCCUCUACGACCUUCAGACAUGGCUUGGGGCUCCCGUCAUUUUUGUCUACGACUGCAACAGCGCCGGCCACAUUGUCCACAACUUCAAGAAGUUUGUCCAGAAACGUAUUGAUGACGAUAAUGAAGGAAACCACGACAUUUCGUCGCCGCUGCCCACCUCAUCGUACCUCGAUUGCAUCCAACUCGCGGCCUGUCGCUCCAACGAGUUGCUCCCCAUGACGCCCGACCUCCCGGCAGACUUAUUCACCUGCUGCCUCACGUGCCCCAUCGAUAUUAGCAUCAAAUGGUUCAUCAUGCAGCUGCCGUUGAGGAAAAGCUACUACGACCAGCUCCCCCGUAACGCCGUGGGAAACGUCGUGAUCCCCGGAAAGUUGACCGAACGGCGUACCCCUUUGGGCGAGUUGAACUGGAUCUUCACCGCCAUAACUGACACCAUUGCCUGGACGUCUCUCUCACGGCCUAUUUUCAAACGGCUUUUCCGUCAGGAUUUGAUGGUGGCAGCCCUUUUCCGGAACUUUCUUCUCGCCAAACGCAUCAUGCCGUUGUUGAACUGCAACCCAAUCUCGGACCCUCCACUUCCCGAGACCGUACGCUUCCAUACCAUGUGGGAAUCGUGGGAUUUGGCCAUCGACCAGGUUCUUUCGCAACUUAUUCGCAGCCAGACCAUCCCACAGCUGGUGCUGUCUCCCGUCACCACCACCAUGGCCACCACCAACUCACCCAUAAACUCUACCGCUAGUCCCGGCCAGCACUCAACCUUUUUCGAACAACAACUCACGGCCUUCGAAAUCUGGCUCAAGUUUUCGGCUCCCUCCACCAAAGAGCCUCCCGAACAGCUCCCCAUCGUGCUCCAAGUGCUUCUUUCACAAGUCCAUCGUCUUCGGGCUUUGAUUCUCCUUUCAAAGUUUCUUGACUUGGGUCCAUGGGCCGUCUACUUGUCCCUUUCCAUUGGAAUAUUUCCCUAUGUACUCAAACUUCUCCAGAGUCCCGCACAAGAACUCAAGCCGGUGCUCAUCUUUAUCUGGGCCCGCAUCAUGGCCAUCGACUAUAAAAGCACCCAGCAGGAAUUGUGCAAAGACAAAGGGUAUAAUUACUUUUACACAAUCUUGAACGGGUCACCAUCGGCCAGUGGUAGUGGUCCGCUUAUCAACGACGACCACAAGGCCAUGAGUGCGUUCAUUCUCACGCUUUUCAUCAAAGACUUCAAAAACGGCCAGCGGCUCUGUUUCUCGGUGGAACUCAUUAACAAUUGCUUGCGGUAUAUGGCCUUGAGUGAGAAUCCCCUUUUGCGGCAAUGGUGUUGUUUGCUUUUGUCUCAGCUUUGGCGUAACUAUCCCGAUGGUAAGUGGAUCAUCUAUAAAGAUGGCUACUUGAGCAAAAUGCUCUCCAUGGCUAGCGAUCCUAUUCCAGAAGUCAGAACUGCUAUUGUUCUUGGCAUGACUGCGUUCUUAUCGGACGGGUCCAGGCAACAGAACCAACCCCAGCUGCAAGGCCAGCAGUUGCAACAACAACAGCAUGGAGCUGCUAAUGACAUGCGUAGAGACGAGCUUCGCCAGCAGGACUUGCGGUUGGCCAACAUCGUGUUGGGCCUUUUGGGUGACGGGUCUGCCAUGGUCCGCAAGGAGAUCAUCUUCUUCAUCAACAAGUUUGUGGCCAACUACCACCAGUUUUUCUUGGUUGUGGCUUUCAACCAGUUAGAGGAAGAGGUGGUAUUGAUUGACAAUUCCAACCAGUUGAAUGACUUCCGCAAGAAGUCACCUGCCUACGGACUGAUCUUCAGCUCGGUGUGGAAGGCGCUUUUGAUCCUUGCCGAAGAUCCACAUCUCGAGGUCAAACAGCUUGCAGAAACCUUGAUCGAUACGGUAAUGUUGCAGUUGAACGAGAGUGAGUUGGGUCCGUUGGUCAGAGACAUGCAGAUGUACUUGUUGAGCAAGUCCAGCAUCAACAUUAGUGCAAGUUUGGUUGCCAAAAGACAAAUUCUGAGUGCACUGAUGGUGCUGAGAAAGAAUAACACUCUCACCAUCAACGGAGCAAGACGAGUGGCUUCGGCCUCUCAUGCCGACACAUCGAGUGUCCAUUCCGAAUCGUCCCUUGCCGAGUCGCUCACCAAUCGUCUCAAAGGACUUUCUCUUGCCAAACUUGUACUGCUGCUUCACAUCAACGACGAUACCGAACUCAACAACUUCACGCGGAUUCUUAACUCCAGUCCCGUUAGUUCCAACUAUCACGCCGAGUACCGCCCCAAGCCUCCACGGUUUACACCCAGGGAUGUUUCUGCCGACGUCCAUCUCUCCGAAGAAUCGGGUUUUUUCGAGUACUCGUGUGAAUAUUUCCAAGAGCCACAAAUGAGCAAGAGCGAGCUUGAUGAACCUGGUUCCCAGGAGUAUAUUGAGCGUCUUUGGCGUCGGAACAGAAACGAGGCCAUCAUUCAAGAAACCCAGCCCCAGAAACAAAUGGCCAUUCGUGGUGACUGGGGUCGGUCUCCCGUGGUUCUUGACAAUAAAACGCAGCCCAAAUUGAUCAAGUUCACCCAAUUCGAGAAGAAUUUGGUUGUAUGUGACGAUAAAGACAACGUGACGGUAUGGGACUGGGAGACUGGGAAGGUGGUCAACCGAUUGAGUAACAUGAACCCAGCCGGCACCAAGAUCACCGAUAUAAAGUUCUUGAACGAAGACGAUUCUCCAUUGAUGCUCGCAGGGUCGAGCGACGGGGUUAUUAAAAUCUACAAACACUUUACGUCCGACAGAACCAAGCCCGAGCUCGUAGCUCUGUGGAGAGCCCUUACUGACCUUCUUCUUACUGCCAAAAGUACAGGGCUUAUCUGUGAAUGGCAACAGUCCAGAGGUUCACUUUUGGUUACGGGAGACGUCAAAAUCAUCAGGGUCUGGGAUGCUCCUCGUGAGCUCUGCCUAGUAGAUAUUCCUGCCCGGUCGACCCUGGCGAUCACGUCCAUCACAUCGGACCAGGUUGCUGGUGAUAUCUUUGUGGCUGGGUUCGAUGAUGGUAGUCUCAGAGUCUACGACCGUCGUCUUGAUCCCCGUGAGUCCAUGGUCCGCACAUGGACCGGUAGUUCCCAUCCAAAUCAACACCAACAACAACGGUCUCGUGUUGCCAGUCCAAUUCGUAAUAUUCAUAUGCAAAGAGGAGGAUACAGAGAGUUGGUAUCUGGAGCAGCUGAUGGAUCCGUUCAUCUUUGGGAUAUCAGGUCAUCAGACCUGGUGCUUUCAUUCGCCAACACCGAGAAGUCACUCCGGUGCCUCGAGGUCCACGAACAUGCUCCCAUCAUUGCAACCGGCUCGAAGUCGGUGAACUUGUGGACUUCUUCUGGUGACUUGGUGUACAAUUUGAAGAAUCCGCACGAGCUGUCGACGUACUUGGGAGGUAGAACUCUGAACUACCUUUCGGGCGUGGCCCUCCACCCACACCGGAUGAUGGUGGCAUCAAACUACAAUCAGGAUGGGAACAUCAAUGUGUACACCUGUGUGGACAUCAUCCAGGAGUAUUAGAAGCACCCAUUCUGUGAUCUAUGUAUUCUAUGUCAACUUGCUCGACCGAACCAUACACGUAGAAGU